AUGGCUGCCGUUCAGAAAAAGAAACUUACCAUUGGGCCGGACACCUCUUCAAUUCGAGGUCGCAACUCAUGUUCCGACAGUAUUCAGGAGAACUUGGUUCCCCGAGAAGGUCCCUACGAUCUUUUCGAAAGCUACGGACCCCGUCACCGCAGGCAAUCAUUUGGACCCUUGCUCAUCGAAGCCGGCGAGAAGAUCUCCACCCUAGAGGAAGAGACCCACAACCAGAAGGUCAAAAUCAGAUCUCUCCAAAGUCUUCUUGGGUUUGCCUUUGCCCGCAUCGAGAAGUUGGAAGAAUUUAUCCGCUUGGUUCCUAGGGAUCUUCUCGAUGACCCUGAAGUUGGAGAAGUUUACGACAAGAUUUGGGGACCAUGGGACGUUGCCCAUGGGUUUAAGAAUAGAAACAGACUCACCGUUCCAAACCUGUUUCAACGAGGAGAGGAAAACAAGACGAAUAAGAGCCAAGAGAACGAGCAACCUGGCGAAUCUGCUUGA